GGUUGUCUCACAAUCAAACACCCUUAAUCGACCAAAUUUUAUGCAAUUCUCAACUCAAUUAUUAGCAGGAAUUUUUAUUUUUUGUAAAUUUGGAAGGGAGAAGAAAAAAGCUAGCAACGGCAAGUCGUUUAAGAGCACUGCGUUGAUUGGAAGAGAUUCCAGUAGACGUAGUGUCGUAAAGACCGACAAAGGAAUCCCUAAGGUGCUCUUUGGCUACAAUUUUCAAGUAGAGCUUCUCGGCGUCUUCAAAACGCUUGAUUUUGUCAUCAUCGGGGCUAAACGGCAUGUCGUUCCCAGGAACAGUGAAUUGAAGAGAAGAUAUUGAUAGCAGGUUUGUCCAUAGAGAGGCUUUGAUUGAAGGAGGAGUUAGAGCUAGUGUCGAACAGAGAGGAGAGAGACACUCCAGCGGGACCAUGGUAACAAAUUUCUUCGAGCGCUGAAGAGAUGAGAGUGCCCAUGGAGGCAUGUGAUGAUUGAGUAGGACCUGUGUUUGGUUUGUGAAAAUUUUGAGGAUUUUUCUGUGGUUUUUCUCGGAAAAUGAGCACUGGCGGGCGCGAAAAAGAGAGCGCACGCGUAUAUAGUUGGAGACUCGAUGCGGCGUCGUUCUUAGGAUGUUUAAGUUGGGGACUCUAUUCGACGCCGUUGCAGUUAAGGCUUAAAUGGACGGCUAGGAUUCAAAACGUUGUAAAAAAAAGCUGGGUAGCGUUGCAGGGUAUAAAAGCUUCAGUCAUGAACAAAAAUAAUAAUAAAAAAAAAAACGAGAGUACUGCUGGUGAAGCUAACGAGGAAAAAGGACUGGUUUUGAUCAAUUGAAGGGAGAUUGAAAUGGAAGGUGAUUUAUUUUCAGGCUUAAGCAAUGGAAACCAAGUAGAUGGCAAGGUCUUGCAAACAUUCCAGAAGAGUUUUGUGCAAGUUCAGGAUAUUCUAGAUCAAAACAGGUUGCUAAUUAAUGAGAUAAACCAAAACCAUGAAUCGAAGAUCCCUGACAACUUGACUCGAAAUGUUGGUUUGAUUAAGGAGCUAAACAACAACAUUAGAAGGGUGGUUGACCUUUAUGCUGAUCUUUCGAACAAUUUCACCAGGUCAAUGGAACCUUCAUCAGAAGGUGAAUCAAGUGGGAUAUUGAAGUCUAAUGGAAAGGCCAAUUCGAAGAGAAUUAGAUCCGGGUAAUCAAUUCAACUGAGCUUUCAUAGAGAUUCUCCACUUUAUUUCAUGGUAAAAAAUAAGAAGAGCAUUUUGAUAUUGGAGGAAAAAGAACUUGAUGAGGUUAUGUGUCUCUUCCUUGUUAGUGAUAUGUGAUCUUGAGGCUUUUAGCUUCAGUUUAAUUUUAAGCAAAUCCAUUGUAAUAACAAUUUAACAAAUUUACAUAAAGUUAUGUGUAAUUGUAUCAUCUUGUUGAUCAAUCUCAAUUAUGCAUCUUUAUUGCA